AUGGAUAAUAUCGCAUACAAACACAAUAUUGUCGAGGCAGAGGAGGUCCAGUUCGACAAUCGAUACUAUAAUUCUAACCCCAAGGAGGCGUGCAAAGCCACACUGAGCUCUGACACCUUGAAGUUUAUCUUCACGAGUAGACCAUAUCCGACCAUUCAGAGCCAGCUUCGAAGCCUGUUCAGAAAUUUGGACUCUAUCACAAUCCGAGAUGAGCACGCUCUGAACUCGAUUCUGAUUCGGCAUGACAUUGACAUGUUUAUCGACACGAAGGUAGAUCAAAUGCUUGCGGAGUUGCGUCCGGGCCAAGAUAACGACAGAGAGCGCCAGAAGUUGCGCAAGGAUUUAACGCGGAACCUCAAGGGCAGAAGCAUUCGGAGUUACACGUGGGCUAGCCUGGUCCUUGCCGAUCUCCAGCAGUCCGGGCAUACGGAUAUAAGUAGAUUGAGGCAGUAUCCUAAUAAGGUCCCGACGAAUCUUGAUGAAUCCUGCACAUCAUCCAUGCCGAAAUCAGGUUUGGUGUUCCACACAUCAAUGUCAUUGAAAUCGCCGUUGGACUCUUUGUCAGAUUCAAGUUUUAUUGAGGCCAUAUCGUCGUCGUCAUGGUCUGAUGUGCUCCUGGCUUCGGCAGAGAGUUCCGCUACUGUGUCCAACUCUCGCUGGAGCUCCUUUUUUAGCUCGAGAUUUGUCAACAAAGCUAAUACUAGCGCUGCUCAUCCGUCAUGCGGCCCUCUAGAGGAUAGAUAA